ACACAGUGUGUCCCAGGCAUACAAGGACGGCUGUUCUCUCAGGUACACCAAGAAUACUGUUAUAUCAAUAAAAACACAGAAGAUGCCUGCUGACACACCCAUCCGAAAAAAGCCUAAUGCCUAUGCUUCAGUGGUUGAUCCAGACACGGGGUACUGUACACCAGGGGCAUUUGAACUAGAAAGACUUUUCUGGCAUGGAGCACCCAAAUACACACACGUUAAUGAAGUAUGGCCUAACCUUUAUAUUGGAGAUGAGAAAACUGCAUUGGACCGAUACAGCCUUGAGAAGAAUGGUUUCACCCAUAUUUUGAAUGCAGCUCAUGGGCGCUGGAAUGUAGACACUGGACCUGAGUAUUACAGUGAUAUGACUGUAGAAUAUUAUGGGGUGGAAGCAGAAGAUUUACCAAGCUUUAACCUUAGUCAGUUCUUUUACCCUGCUGCUCAAUUUAUCCACAAAGCUCUAAGCACCCCUAACAGUAAGUUGUUGGUCAACUGUGCUAUGGGCCGUAGCCGUUCUGCCUCCCUUGUUCUGGCAUAUCUCAUGAUCUACAAGAACAUGACUGUUGUUGAGUCAAUCACACAAGUGUUAAAACAUCGAUGCAUUCUGCCCAACAGAGGCUUUCUCAAGCAGUUGAGAGAGCUUGAUAUAAAGUUGGCUCUGGAGAAGCGGGACACACAUGGCACAGCCAACAAGGCACAAAAGGAUGACUAAUGCAAAAAACAAUAUUAGAAAUACUACAAUGUGACAAACCUCUGCUGCAAUUCUGAAAACAAGAGGAAAUGAACUGGCCUUCUCUGUUUCAAUAUUUUUAUUUACGUGCAAAGCAAUAAACCAUACAUAUCAAUAUGAAUGACAGUUUGCAAAGUACAUAACAUACGAGUAAUAAAGAUCAUUUGUCUGUCU